AUGGCGGCGGCGCUGCGAGAGUUGCAGCAGCAGCUGGAGGCAGAAGUGAACGCGCUUCGGUCCCUCGAGAAGGAUAUCACGCGCAACCACAAGGUGCGGCGGCAGUACAGCCUGCAGCUGAACGAGAACGAGAUGGUGCAGAAGGAGCUGGAUUUACUAGAGGAGGACGCCAAGGUCUUCAAGCUCAUCGGCCCCGUGCUCGUGCUGCAAGACCUGGCAGAGGCGCGGGCCAACGUGGGGAAGCGGCUUGAGUACAUCUCCAGUGAAGUUAAGCGGUUGGAGGGGGCACUGAAGCAACUGGAGCAGAAGCAGGCAUUGAAACAGCAGGACAUAAUGCAAGCACAACGAAAGCUUCAAGCUUUCCAUGCGCAACGGAGGCAAUAA